GUGGACCAAAUAUUACGUACGCGGUGAAGUUCGACAGUUAUGAGCCCGGCACGCAUAUAGGACUGCUUCGUUGCUUCUUUCGACUAUAUUAAAGCUAUUCAGACCUACCUUCUCCGAGAAUACUGUACCGCGAGCGACGAAUCGAGAGUACCUACCCCUGAUACCCCUGAAUCGAGAAUCGACCCGAAAACGAUCCCGAAGCGAUUAUCGUACGACGACAUGGAUGCCGGCGCUGCAACGAAGGUCUCAAUCAUCUUGAAGUCUCGAGAUGAUUGGCGCGCUUGGUAUGAUAAUAUACAAAGCUUAGCGAAGGCACGAGAUGUAUGGGAAUACAUCAACCCUGAUACUAAGAAGGAGGAGCUACCAGAGCUACCAAAGAAACCAGAGAUCCCAGACAUUGAAGCCUUACCAGAAUCACAAUGGAAGAUGCGCAUGCAACUCUGGACGGUGAAGUCAAAUGAAUAUGAGAAGAUCAAGCGAGGACUUGCAGUGGUCAAUGAAGCUAUUCGCGGAUCGAUAAGCACGCUGCUUAUUCACCAUAUCUAUGGGAAGGAGUCAGUGUACGAUAUCCUGAAGGCUUUAAAGGUUCAAUUUGCUCCUAGCAAGCACCAGCAGAGUCGAAUGAUACUCGCAAAGUAUGAGAAAGCAAGAAAGACCUCUAUCAAGGACUCAAAUCUAGAGAUCUGGCUUGCGACCUUUGAGGCAGCCUAUCUAGAGUGCCUAGCUGCAGAUCGACCAGAGGUGAAAGACCAGCAUGCCGUACGACAUUUUCUAGAGGCAGUUAGCAGACAUUCACCUUCCUGGGCUGAACGUCGUUUCGAUGACCUACAGCGAGAUGAGGAGAUCGAAUUACCGGAGAUCCUUGCUCAAUUUCGAGGCUAUACAGCAGAUAUUGCAGUUAUGAAGCACCAGAACCCAUACCAGGUUCCUUACCACGACCAAAGUGUCUCUGCGGAGCAAUUCACCGAUUUCUUGAUUGCCCAUACGUUAUGA